AUGACACUGAGUAUCUACACGAAUGGAGUCAUCCGUACAAUUGAAAGGCGAUUCAGUCUGAGCAGUUUUCAGACCGGCAUGCUGAACAGCAGCAACGACAUCAUCCACAUCUGCAUCGUCGGAUUCAUUGGCUACUUUUCACGCAAGUAUCACAAGCCGAGAAUCAUGUGUGCGACUGUCAUGUUUUCCUCAAUCGCUGGCUUCAUGAUGGCCUCUCCGCAUUUCAUUUCCUUCCGCGAAGAUCAUCAAACGCGCCUGCAUCUUCUGAAUGAUAAUAAAAUGAAACGUUUGAAAUACUGCUCGAAAAGUCAAAACGUUUCAAACAGUCUAUCCGAUUCCAAUUGUGCCAACACGCGCAGACAUCCAGCUUUUUAUAUUUUUCUGGCAGCGCAGUUGAUCAGUGGUAUUGGUAGUUCGGGCAUCUUCACUCUCACACUUGCCUACAUUGAUGAAAACGCUCCUAAGCACAGGGCUUCUCUUUUGAUAGGAGUUUACAUGGGAAUGAUAUCGUUCGGGCCUGUGUUCGGCUUGGGAUUGUCAACUCUCUGCUUGAAACUACCGGAAAAUCUUUUUUCAACAGAAGAAAUGAUCGACCCGAACGACCCUACCUACAUUGGGUGCUGGUGGCUCGGCUACCUCAUCGCGGCCUCUCUGCUCGCCUUUUUUGCUGUAUUCAUGUGGUUCUUUCCGAAAAAAAUUAACGAAGACAAAAAUUCACCAGCUGAUAAUCCGGAUUUCUCGAAACAAAUCAAAGGUGAUGAGUGUAUUUUAUAUUUUCUUCUACUAAUUUUAGUUUACUUUCCAAAAGCCCUGAAAAAGUUGGUAACAAACAAACUGUACAUCCUAAACUUGUGCCAGAUCAUCUGCAACGCUUACACCAUCUACGGCAUGUACGUGAACCUCGUCAGGUACAUUGAGACGCACUUCAACUACCCAGCUUACAUAGGCAGUAUUGUUGCAGGUCACUUACUCAGUGUGGUUUCGGCUGUAGUAGGCUCGGUGGGCGGAUUUUUAGGUGGGGUCUUGACCUCGAGGUUGAGGUUAAAAAUGGUAGGAGCCCUGAAAAUGAUCCUAACUUGCAGCGCACUCUUCAUGUGCGGUAUCACAAUUCUAUUGAACCUCAGCUGUCCCCAGGUCGAUAUGGAUAUGACGAUUGGCAAGACAGUUGCUGAAAAUCACGUGAUAAAUAGUUGUAAUGUGGCUUGCGAUUGCACAACACGUCGUAACGAUUACUACCCUGUAUGUUUCAACAACAGCAUCAACUAUUUCUCGCCCUGUAUUGCUGGCUGCCAAGGACAAGCUAAUGGGACAUUCACAAGCUGCAAAUGCUUAAGAAAUUCUUUCCUUCAUAACGAGACCAGUACAAUUACGGAUCCAUUCUUCACUGGAACGACGAAACCUGGAUACUGCAUUCCCAAAUGUGGCAUGCUCAUUCCAUUUGCUGUUACGUUGUUUUUCAUGUCCUUCAUUUCCACUGUUACGAGAGUCCCAGGUGUCAUGACAACUUUUAGGCUGGUCGAUGAUGAAGAAAGACCAUUUGCGCUGGGAAUGAACUCUUUUGGCGUCAACCUUUUAGGCUUCAUCCCAGCACCUCUGAUUGUCGGCAAGUUGAUUGAUCACUGUUGCAAACUCUGGCAGGUUACGUGCAGCGUGACGGGUGCCUGUCUGCUCUUCGAUACGUCCAGGCUAAGAAAAACGUUAUACGGAUUUACUUUGGUAGUUGAAGUAAUAAACUUCUCAUUUUUUUUCGCACUCUUUAUGUUCGUGAGGAAAUUACCAAUUGGACAGUUGGAAUUAACGGAAAGGCGAGUAAACUUGGAAAUGACAGUGACCAAAGAGAAGGACAGAGAGGAUAAAAAUUUGAAUUCGGAAAACGUUCCUGGCGAUGACGGUUUAAAAUUUAACGAGAGCAAGGCCGAAAAUGGCGAAGUUCUGUAGCCGACUCUGAUGUGAAUUUUUUCAUUUGGAUGUUCAUUUACUUUUUCAUUUGUUUGUAAUUUAAGUUAAACUGCUUAUAUGUACCACUUUUAAAUAUUUUGUUGUCUUUUGAUGUGAUACGCACAUAUUUUAUUUGUAUAAUUUUUUUUUCAAAGACCUACGCACACCUAAAAGGACUUUUAAUCAGUCAGUUUUUUCCAUUUAAUUAUUGUUGAAUUUCAAGUGUUGAAACUUUAAAUUUUUGCUUUUUUUGUAUUUGAUGACGUAACCAUUAAACGGCGAACCGGAAAUAAGGAAGAUGACGUCAACAUUUAUUCGAAUACUUGUAUUACUACUAUUGUUGUUGGGCACACACACACAAACACAGAGAGAUAUUUGCAUACCUUCAUUUAUCACAUAUACAUGAAAAUGCAAAGAACAUUUGAAGUUUAGAAUCCGUAUUAAACAAACAUUAAAU